AUGGCGAAAAAGGCGCUUUAUAUGUUAAUGUUGGUUGUCGCUAUGGCUGCAUUUGCAGUCCAGGCUUCAGCAAGAGCUGCCCCAACUGAUCAUCAUGAUCCUGCCGGAGAAGGCCUCAAGGACCAGAAGAACUUGCUCAACUAUGGCGGCCUUGGCGGUUUCUCCGGCAUUGGGGACAACGGGCUUCCCGUUGGGGGCAUCGGCGGGGUAGUCGGGCUCGGUGGCGGCCUCGGGGGACUUGGCGGAGGAGCUGGUGGGCUAGGUGGUCUCGGCGGUGGCAUUGGUGGAUACGGUGGGGGCGGCAUCGGUGGCAUCGGAGUCGGGAUUGGCGGCGGCGCGCUCGGCGGAAUUGGUGGUAUUGGUGGUGGUGGAGGAUUUGUCAGGUUUCCUUGA